AUGAUUUUUAGUAAAAGGACAAACAUACGAGUUUUAUUGUCAUGUCUAGUAAUAAACGUUCUCCAACCUGUUGUAACUUCUACCCCAUUACCAUCAUCAGACGAGGCCGUUAAACAACUACUAUCAUAUGAAGUCAAUAUUGCGGAAUAUUUUGAUAACAAAGCCUUUGGAGAUAAUGCCAACUUCGAUGACGGCGGUGCUUUUUUUCCAGGUGCUAUCGAUACAAGACAAACGCAAAAUUACGAUAAUAUCAAAGCCGAUGGCCAAAAGAUUUCAUUAAAUUUCACCGAAUUGGGUGCUCUUUACAUGCUCGUAUCUGCCAGCCAUGGACCAUAUACAGAUGAGGUUAGUGUCGUAUACAAGGACGGUACAAAAACAACCACAGCGCUAAGCUUACCUGAUUGGCAAGACAUUUUUGUAAACCAGAUGGAUCGCUAUCAGGCGAUCCAGUUCCCAACAAGUAUAGACGGACAACAGGGCGCGGUGUUUAGUGUCCCAGUUUUUAUCGAUCCUACAAAGGUACCUGACCACCUAUUGCUACCAACAGCUCAUGCUGGUAGUUACGAAACAAUGCAUGUGUUUUCUGUCACUGCAUAUCAGACUAGCACUACUAUGAUUACAAGUGUUCAGACAACAAAUGAAUGGGUUAGCCAGACAGACCAGAUUCUACUGGUGAAGAUCCAGAAUACGAGCCCGAUCUGGAUAAAAGAUGUAAAAAUACAAUUAGAUCAUCCUCACGUAAAGACCAUAAAAAAUGGCCUUAUUGAAGCUGUUGCACCAGGUCAUAUCCAAACUACUCAGAUUAUUGUACAAAACUUGGAGCAAAAAAAUGACGUUAAUGUGACAAUGACUAUAAUCCACGUAGAAAACGGAGUCCCAAUCACUAACAACAGAAUUGUACCUUUAAUACUUGAUGCAUCUCCUGAACAAUACCAAGCGGCUACAACAUCUGUCCAAAAACAUAGACCACCUACGUGGUUGAAACAAUCGAAAUUUGGUAUAUUCAUCCAUUGGGGAUUAUUCUCCGUUCCUUCAUGGGCACCUGUAGGAAAAGCAUAUGCAGAGUGGUACUGGUGGCGUAUGAAUCAUAAAGACGACGCAGCUUUUGAUUAUCAUCGUCAAACAUACGGAGAAGAAUUUGAAUACGACGAAUUCUUAAAGGAAUGGAAACCCACGCUGUUUGAUCCACAUGCUUGGCUAGAUCUUAUCGAUAAAUCAGGAGCAAAAUACUAUGUGUUUACAACAAAGCAUCAUGAUGGAAUUGCAUUGUUUGAUUCCAACGUAACGGAACGAACAAGUACGCACCUACUAAAUCCUUCUCGUAAUUUUGUACAAGAGCUAUUAAGCGUUUCAGAAACAGCUUAUCCACAUCUAAAGCGUGGACUUUAUUUCUCACUACCCGAAUGGUACCACCCUAAAUAUAAUGACGAGUCCCUCGGGUGGAAAGGUCCACCAAAAAACCCGUACACUGACGAGGUUGUCUCUUAUACUGGAAGCAGGCUGAUUGAAGAUUUUGUAAAUGAGCUUCAAGUACCCCAAUUCCAAGAAUUAGCAAAUAAUUACAAUCCCGAUAUAUUAUGGUGUGAUAUUGGAGGAAUCAAUAACUCUACAGUCUGGCAGUCCGAUUAUUUCAAUAAUGCCUUAAAGGACGGACGUCAAGUUUCAGUAAAUGAUAGAUGCGGGGAUGGUAGUGCAUCUGAUUUUACCACUAUAGAAUAUAAAGCGGUGACAGAUACGCCAACACGGUACGAUUUAAAAAAGUGGAGGAUUUUGGGAAGCUACUCGUGGUAUGGAUCCAUUUUCAUUUGGAGCUUUUUACAUAGUUACAAUCGAGAAACCAAGCCAGAGGAUUAUGCUAGUACGCUUGAUUUGAUCAAGGAUUUGGUAGAUGCCGUAUCUAAAGGAGGUAAUUAUCUUCUAAAUAUCGGACCUGAGGCAUCAGGCUAUAUUCCCGAAUCCAUGUCACAGCGACUUUUGGAGAUUGGACAAUGGUUAAAUCUUGUGAAUGCAAGUAUCUUUGAUUCGGCCCCUUACUGGAUUGCAUCCAGUCAAGACAAUCUACGUUUUACUGCUAAUUUGAACGGAAAAUCUAUCUAUGUAUUUUCUUUUAUGGCAUUCGAUGACGACAUUUUAAUCAAAACACCCGUGCCUGUUCAAGAGGGGUCGGUCAUUUCACUAAUGAACGAGCCUGGAGUAAAGAUCAAUUGGAAUUAUGAUAGCGAACAAGGCGGCGUCCUGCUUAAAUGGGAUUCAAUGAAUGUGUCACUUAUACCCGUAUUUGAAAUAACCACUCCUUCACUUGUAUGAUCUUUUUACUUAAUAAGAAACUACAAUUGUCACAUUUUUUAUCAUAACUUGAAUAAAUUUUUUCUUCUCUUCAAUUUUUAGGAAAUGAUAGUGGACCAAUUUCCAUGUAGGCUUGCAAUCACUAAAUUUUUUUUUGAUCCAGUCACCACGCACAAUUGUAACAAAAAUCGUUAAGCCUGAUACGAAAAUGGAU